AUGCCCAAGAACAUUGUCGACGAUACCAGGCACGAAAAGGUCCUCUCCUACGUGUCUGCCUUUAUAGCCCAGGCAGACCCUGCUUUGAUGCAUACCAUGCUGCGCGAAUGGGCCAUCCUCGAUACCCUCCAAGCGUGUUUGACUCAGGGACAGGAUCAUCGAGUGAGCUGUGUCGCCAUGCGUCUUCUCGGCUUUCUUUUACAAUACGACACAGAACCAGAGAAAGCCAGCAUAUGGACGUUGCUGCAAACUCAACACCCAACUAUAUUGACGUUCAUGAUCGAAAAUACCGCCGGAGAAGAAGCCCUUACGCGGUAUUCAUGUUGGUUCGCAUUAGAGCGUGCAGUGAGAUAUGACGGUGCAGCUCAAUGGUUGUUGGCAUCAGGAAAGGUUGCAAGUAUGGUAUCAGGAGCACUCAAGGACGACAGCAGCUAUGUGCUUGAAGCUGCCUGCCAGUUCCUGGUUGCCAUUAUAGAGAACAGAAGUAUUGAUCCUCUUCAUCACACAGCACACGACACACUCAUGGAUACACUUCUGGAAUCGAUCUCGCUUUACAAGUUAAUCCACUCAAUGAUGACAGAUCAAGACUCGGAACGGAAUCGGUUCUUCACAUACAUGGAUCUCCUCAUGGACGACUCACGGCUUGUACGGAGUAGAACUCUGGAUGUCCUCUCCUUGGUUCUGGAAUCGACGGCGAAUCCUUUAAGUGUACUUGGAAAGGAUAUUACUCCUUCAGAUGCCAUGGAUGCAGAUACGACUGACGAUCAAAGUCAGGUGGAUUGCUUCAACCAUCUACUUGACAGCAAUGUGCUUUCCUUGAUCGCCUUGACCGACUCUUUGAAGGCAUUCCAUGUGGCGACUACCAUUCUCGAUACGAUGGUCAAACCCCUGUAUCAGUCGAGCGAAAUGCACGGAGCUGGAACUCAGUUCAAGAACACCAUUCUCUCGACUAUCCUCUGGAUUAUCCAGGCGCUCCAGGAGAGCAGCGCGGGUGAUCAUGACCCCAACGUCUUCCGGCAUACCGAGAAGAUUGUAGUGCAAGGAGACGGUAAGCUAGCGAAACAGCUGAACCAAGCAGAAUUCCAGGAGUUGGUCAAAACACAAAGUCGCGCAAAACCAAAACGCGGGGCUGCAUCUCGAGGAGGCACGCUACCAAAGACGAUCGUACUCUCUGCUUUGAAAGCGCUCCAAACUCUGUCGAUGUUAUUCCCACAAGAAGUUGAAAAGAGUACAGCUAUUGGCGUUGUGCUCUCCAUCUUAUCUGAUACCAAGCUGUGCUCGGAUCAGCGAGUGUUCAAGGCAUGUCUGACAACUCUUCCUGCAGUCCUGAAGACCAAAGUUCACAAUGGUCUCUUGUUGGACGAGCAGCUCUUUGCUGGCACUAUGAAGACGAUCCUGGGGCUCAUCAAACGACCUGCAAGUGGCAGUACCUCGCUUCGUCUGAUCCUCACUGCCAUCCAAGAGUUUUUCACGGAUAAGAUUCUUGGUGGCAUUCUAGCCCGCGAGAAAGUUGGUCAGGACCUUGCGAACGCUCUUGGGAUGAAGCUUUACGACAUGGAGUGGGAUGUUCGGGACAAUGUGGUCGAAUUCAUCGGCAAUCUCUUUGUCGCGGGUGGUCCUGAUCACGGAGUCGAAUGGGCGCUUAGAAAUGAUCAAUUGGAGGUCAUUUUCCAAAAGCUUUCAGAUGAAGAGGCCUAUGUCAGAGCUGCCAGCAUCCACGCCUUCGAGAUCAUUAUGCGUGAUCACCGUGGCUGGAACGGUAUGCACGAAAAGAACCUGGAAGAACGUCUGAGUGCUCAGUUGCCAUCGCUGAUCCGCGAUAGCGAAGCGUUUGUUCGACGUGCCGUUCUUGAGGCUAUGAUUUGCUUGGUGAGCGAGCGCGAGUCUGGGGUUAUUCUCAUGGUUAACGGAACCGAUCUCUUUGUUGACGCAAAGUUCAUGUCGCGGUUGACACUGGAUGAUUCCGACUGGGAGGUCAGAAUUCGGGCAUGCGAGUUUAUUGCUGCAGUCUGGGAUCACUGUUUGGCCCUGGACGAGAAGGCGGACUACCGUGUUCGCGCUGCCAAGCGCCUCAAAGACUCAGUCCGCGACCACCAAGAGGAUACCGCGCCUCCUCGACCUUCAACCUGGUGGUUCUACGAUAUCAAGGGUGACGAGAUUCUAGUCGAAGCCUCUCGGGACUCUUCGCGGUUGGUGCGUUUGGCCAGUGUCGAGACUUUGAAGAUGAUUAAGGCGUCAUUGGAUCAGCGGCAAGAUUCGUUCACUCACAGCGUUGCCUCGAAUGGUGCUGGUGCUGCAUAUGAUGAAGCCGAAGAUAGGCAGCGGAAGCGACCUAUUGGUGAUGGCGCUGACCGUGAAGAAUCACUAUCGACCCCACCAGACUCCAACACAACCGGUCAACAUCCUCAUGCUCAAUUUUACGCUGUUAUUUGCGGCUUGGACUUUGAGCGAUUGGACGCGACAACGUCGGUUGAACAACUCUACGAAGAGGUGUUGAAUGUCGAGCGCCCCGAGGAUGUUGUCAUGACUGAAAGCGAGAAAGCGAACGAUGGCAACAACAUCUUGGACUGCUACUAA